AGGAGAUUUGUCAGACAGAAUUCUGAAGCAACAUGGAGAGAUGCUUCCAAAAGAGCAAAUCAUCGACUGGUUCAUUCAAUUAUGUUUGGCUCUUAAGUAUAUACACGGAAUGAACAUCUUACAUAGAGGUAUACUUGCCAUAUGAAAACAUCCGGCUAUUAUAUUUUGGCCCAAAUACCUAUAGGAAACUUUUUCCUAUUAGGUUUAACCCAUGCAAUGUGCCCCAUUACGCCCCAAGACGUGGACGUUUCACUUGUUUUUUUUCAGGUAGUUGAAUCUAAUUUAAUUUUUCCUCGUUCAGAUAUCAAGUGCCAAAACAUUUUCAUAUCGAAAGAGAAUGUCAUAAAACUCGGUGAUUUUGGCAUUGCGUGUGUUCUCCAGAAUACCCUCGACCAUGCUCAAACUGUCAUUGGAACACCUUAUUAUCUUUCACCUGAAAUAUGUCACCGACAACCGUAUCCUUGACCAUGUUGUAGAUAUAACUCCAAUUGUCGGUCUGUAAAAAUAUUUCCUUCACGAGGGGGGACUCGGGGACCGCAGGCCCCCAGUUCAAAAGGGGCCUUAAAAGCAGGGAAGGCCUUUGAAAUUUCUUGAUACAAGUUUGCUUAAAUGAGAAUAGAAAUCCUGGCUAGGUUAGUGCUGCAAAACGCCCAGCUGGAAAAGUUUACCUCGGACCUUUCGUGUUGCCCUGUUUCCUCCAUAUACCUGCUGAAGCAUUGUUUCUUGUUUUUUCCUGGUAACAAAUAGUGUAUAGUGUCGUUCUUAACUAAAUGAAGAUAUAAUCACAAGAGUGACAUUUGGGCUAUGGGUUGUGUUCUGUAUGAGAUGAUCACAUUGCGACAUCCGUUUGAAUCGACAGACUUUGCACAAUUGGUUUUAAAAAUACUUCAUGGUGACUUUACACCAAUACCAGAGUAAGAUAUGAAGGAAUUGUCCAUGUAUUAAAAUUGCCCAGUAUAUAUACUGAGAUGGUAAAUUUUGUUUUAUCUAUAAAGGAAGGUGGCAGAAAAUGGAUUUUGAAAGGUAAAGAACUCUAUGUUUGUGUUGGAAAAUGACUGUUCUUUUUUCUGUAGAAAUCAUGGAACACUCUUGCAAGAUUUGGUCACAGUCCUGCUUCGUGAUGACCCUUGUGAACGACCCUCUGCCAAACAAAUUCUGCAUAUCCCAGCAAUGCAAGCGUACGUCAACAAAGUGUUAGCCCGAGGGAGAACGCAGCGCUCGGAAAGCGUGAGUUGUAGCGAGGGACAGAGUGUUAGAAAAGGCAAUGUGUGGCGAAAACCUGAUGUGAUCCCAUCUUCAGAAAAUAUGAGUCAAGAGAAAUCAAAAAGUGAAUGUGAUGUACAUGCUGAAGAAAAAUCCAGUAAGUUUAUUUUUUAGUUGCAUGUUUGGGUCGUGGUUGUAUCAGCUAGAUACAACCAUGUCCAUAGGGACUGAUGACCGGGUUGGUUAGGGUUAGGCCUGGCCCUAAGUUGGAACUAGCCCCUAAGUUAGAGUUAGGCGUAAAAAAAAACCCCUUUGGUUCCGGUUUCAUAUAUAUAGCGGGUCGGUAGGUUGGAAAUAAUUUUUUUUUUUAAUAUUUUUUUCAUGGUUUUUUCAAUAAUUAGUGUGACAACAGAUGCCAUUUUGCCAGCAUCCCGCAACCACCCGGAGAAAAUAGGGUCGCAUGGUCAAUCGCGUUGAAAAAAUAAUAGGGCCAAAAAAAAUAUGUGGGUUUCCGGUUUCUUCUUAUAAAAACUUAGGUAGGGUAGGUCGGUUUUAACUUCUUUUUUUUAAACUUUUUUUUUUAAUUUUCCGAACAAGCGGACGCCAUUUUGUUUAGUCAGUGCUUCCACAUCCAAAAAUAAAUUUCCCUAAUAUUGCUUCAAAUUUCAAUUUUCCACAAACUUUUUCCUCUAAGUGGAAACACUUACAAGCAUAAAUCCAAUAAAAAAGUUAGGGUCGGGAUUUCAACAUCCAAAGGCUAGGUAGGGUCGGGAAACCGGAAACCCACAUAUUUUUUUUUUUGCCUAGGGUCGGCAGAAAAAAAUAGGGUCGGUUGGGAACCGGAACCACAGGUAUUUUUUUUACGCCUUAGCUCCUAACAGAACCUUCCACCCUAUAGGCACUGUGCUCUGUGAUCAGGUAUGAUCAUAAGGUGACAGCCAGAGGCACCCUUAGAAAGCCUUCAACUCAAUUAGGUUCCAUUCUCCACAAUACAGCUUAACUAAGGGCCCACAGUAAUUGCGGGUUUACACUGUUGUGGUGUCCCUGCCAUUUUUGUCCAUGUUUAUUGUCUAGAUGUCUAUUUGCUGUUCUGUUAAGUGUUUUUGGCAAAGUUUAAUAAAUAAAUAAAUAAACUCUCGACUGCAGCUUGAGUAAGGAUAAUUAGCACAUCUCCACUUACUUGCUUUUGUGUAAGUAUUUUUUACCUCUGUGACUGAUCUUCUAAUCAAUAAUAACCAUAUACAGUUGUAUGAUAAUAAUUUCACCUCACAUGUGUGAGUCAAUGUGAGAGUCAAUGUGAGAAGAGUGGUCCAGUUGGACUGUAUACCAAACACCAUUAGUCUCUUCAGAGACUUACUGGACCUUAAUCUCAGGAAGAACAGUUUCCAACUCAGGGUCAGUCGUAGCGGUCUUUGAAAUCCUUGAAAGUCUUUAAAUUUGAAUGCAGGUCUUUAAAAAGUCUUUGAGUUGUGUGAAAAGCGAAGAAAGCGAAUUCUUUAGUGAGAAUUUGAUUAUACGAUUUCCUAGCUGAUAAAAAUAAAUUGAUUGAAGCAAGAUUUUCGCAAAUAUCGACGAAAAAGUGCAUUUUAGGAUGUGAUUUGACGGGACUAAUUACCAGGUAAAAAUGUUGCGUACACUUGCAAUUUUUCGACAGCUGAUUGCUCUCAAAGGUCUUUGAAAAGUCUUUGAAAAUAGGCAGAAAAAAUCUUUGAAAGUCGUUGAAUUUUUUUGGUCUUGGAGACUACGAACCCUGCAACUGGUGCAGCUAUCCAAUAUAUUAGUUAAAUUAACUACUAUUUAACUGACACGAGUAGGAGUGUUUUAUCAGAUGCGCCUCGCGUUUUAUGUCUGAUAAAAUACGACAACGAGUGUUUUGAAUAGCUUAAAAUACGACUACAAAAGGAUACUAAUUAUGAUGAACAAUUAUAUAAUCAUACUAAUUAGGAUGAACAAUUAUAUAAUCAUACUAAUUAGGAUGAACAAUUAUAUAAUCAUACUAAUUAGGAUGAACAAUUAUAUAAAGAAUACUAAUGAAGAUGAGUUUUAUCAGAUAUGAAGUCACUCCACGUGACAUAUUAUGGCUGACAUGAUUUGCCACAACUGAGGUUUUAGAAUUAUUAAUGAGUAUUUACAGUAAUUAUGCGUCGUCCCUCUCACCACCGAUUAACUUGCAAGGGCGAUUCUAACACAGUCAAAUUUUAACCAAAGUUUUAAAUUGUACAAAAGAUAACACGAUUCGUACAGUCAUGAAUAUAUUCUUUAACAAAUGAAUAUAUUCUUUAACAAAUGAAUAUCUUCUUUAACAAAUGAAUAUCUUCUUUAAACGAAUCCACCGUCUCCAACUUUUCUACUACGUGUGCUUUCGUUUUUUCGUAUCCUUGGCUUUGUAUUUUCUAAAUUUGAGUGAGGAUGAUCUUUUAGAAACGUUUUCUGUGGACGUAUGCUGCGCGAGUACAAACGAGGUAGUGAAUGUGGAAACAAGGAAAAGUCCUAGGAAACGAAUUUCCUCUGAGGUUUUCCCCGCACAAGAUUAUCGAUCGUUUGAUGAACUUAAGAGAAUGAAAAUUGGGCGAGGAAAAGAUUUUGUUCGUGUCGUAGAAAGUGAUAAGGAAAAUGUAAGCGAAUUAUUUUGAAUUAUGUUGUAGAUGUAAUAAUUUAUCAGCCUAUCUUAAACGAACAUUGGCAGCAUAAUCUGCAGUUCGGGCAGUUUAUAAUUCCACGUGAGUCGCAUGUGACAAGAGUACUUCCUGUUUGACUCUACGCACGUAAAAACGCACAAGUUGUUACAGGUCUGCAAACAAGUUGUUGCAAAUCUGUUCACAAGCUGUCAACAAGUUGUGUUCGCAUUGUUUGUUCCCAGUUGGUGUAACAAGUUUGGAACAGGCUGGUAACAACUUGUAACAAGCUUGAUGGCAUUGUCAAAUUUGUUACAAGGUUCUAACAUGUCUGAUACAGUCAUGAUAUAACAAGAAUGUGGCAAGGUUGACGACACAAGGUUGUAACGAUAUUGUUAUAUCAUGAGUGUAUCGGACUUGUUGGAACAACCUUGCAACAAGUGUGAUAGUAUCGACAAGGUUGUUACAAGUUGUUAACAAGUUGUUCCAGACUUGUUGACAAUUUGGGACAAGCAGGUGCGAAGACAGCUUGUUGGCAGACUUGCUACAAGAUGUGAGAUUUGCGAAAAUCAAACUUGUGUUUGUGUACCAAACCCACAGGUUUUCUCGCGUGACCUUCUGUAGUAACACUGGAACAAUUAAGAGAUGGUCCUUACUUGACUUCUAGGGAGAAAAGUUUAGAAUUAUAAUCGUCGAGCUUGCCAAUAUAAAUAAAGUUGAAAAUAAGAUAUAAAAGAAUGAUUUCAUGUCAUGUUAUUAAGCAAGAACGCCAAAUAUUUUGUGGUUUCAUUCCUACAGCAUAAUCCCACUCAACAUGGUCCUUCGAAACAUCGCUCGUACAGUACGAGUAUCGUCCGAGAAAGUGCCGAGCGCAAUCCGUUGGGUGUGAACCCUAUGCGUGUCAAGCGUAGUCCUUUGGCACCGCUGAACAAACUGCAAGUGAGCCUUCAUGCGACGUAUGACGUCAUACCUGAUCCGAAACAAGUCCUCCAAGGUACUUACACAAAACAGUACAGCUGUAGGGCUUCUAUAGACGAUGAAACUGCUAGCCAUAGUAGCCAAACAACAGAAACUGUUGCCCAUAAGGACACAACGAGCGAUAGGCGUGGUAAUAACAACAGGUUGUUGGCGAAAAACUCCUCUGAUCUAAAAACAGACAACUCGACGAGUCAAACAGAGUUUCUUAAAAUUCUUCUUGGCAGCAGUCAUAUGGUGUUCAGAAAUACUUCACCCGAGAGCAGUUUAAAGGAAUAUGUCCAAGCCAUGAGAUCAACUCUUGAGGAAAGUCUGGGACUCGAGAUGUUCACCGCUCUGCACAAGUAUUUAUGCUUUGAUGUGAAGAAAGAUUUGGGCUCUGGGCUGAAUAUAUGUGAGACUUUCUUCCAAGCUUUGGGCCAAGACGGAAUUGUGUUUGUGCCGCUAAUGUUACAAUACAUUCAGUGUGAAAAGAAUUUAGCAACAUAAUGAAUGAACUUUGUUGAACAGUUGGUCCGCAUUUGUUGAAUAUUUUAAUGUCAAAUCAUGCCAAUGUUAUAAUGUACAGUAGCAAAAAUGUAAUAUGAUAUAAAUAAUUUAACAUAAAUCAGCGUGAAUAUUAUUUGAGGAUUAAUCAAGUACAUUGUCAUUGAUAAUCAAAUGAACUGAAUCGAGAAUUAUAUUAGACUGAAAACGAACAUAACGUUUAAUUGCGAUAUAUUUAUGUAAAAUGAUAAAUUUUCUAUAAAAAUUGUAAAAUAAACAUUAAAGAGAAACAUUGAUUAAUUAAAAUAUAGAAUUAUUUUUUUGCUGCAUAUUGGUAAUUUAGAUAAUUCACC